AUGGCGAAAAAUGAGGCAUCCACAGUUUUUUUCAUUCUGCUACUUUUUCUCAGCACCAACCUUCUGAAUGGACAGUCACCUCCUGGGAAACCUGAAUUUGUGAAAUGCCGUUCUCCUGAAAAGGAAACUUUCACCUGCUGGUGGAAGCCUGGGUCAGAUGGAGGACUUCCUACCAAUUAUACUUUGACUUACCACAAGGAAGGAGAGAAGAUCACCCAUGAAUGUCCUGAUUACAAAACUGGUGGCCCCAACUCCUGUUACUUUAACAAGAAGUACACCUCCAUGUGGAAAUUGUAUGUCAUCACAAUAAAUGCCACUAACCAGAUGGGAAGCAGUUCCUCAGAUCCAUGUGUCGUGGAUGUGGGUUACAUCGGUAAGAGGAAAGGAGUGGAUAAGGAAUUUAAAGGCAAAUCUGAAGAACUCCUAAGUGCUUUGGGAUGCCAAGACUUUCCUCCCACUUCAGAUUGUGAGGACUUGCUGGUGGAGUUUUUAGAAGUGGAUGACAGUGAGGACCAGCAUCUAAUGCCAGCCCACUCAAAGGAAUACCCAAGUCACAGCCUGAAGCCUACUCACCGGGAUCCUGACAAUGACUCUGGCCGGGGCAGCUGUGACAGCCCUUCCCUUCUGUCUGAAAAGUGUGAGGAACUCCAAGAAGAUCCCCCUACAUUCCACACCCCUGCGAUCAUUGAGAAGCCAAAGAAUCCUGAAGUGAAUAUUACCUGCACCCAUGACCCCCAGGAUACACACUUGGAAGGUAAAAUACUGUAUUUUCAUGCUGACAGAUCCAAAUCUUCAACGUGGCCUUUACCGUCACUACCCAGCCACCACAUCUCACAAUCUUCUUACCACAACCUUGCAGAUCUGUGUAAGCUCACCAUGGGCCCUGUGAGUACAGCCACCACUUUGUUGGACAAAGCAGAAAAGGACGCUAUGAAAAGAUCUAAAACUAUCGAGACUGAAGGGGAAGGAAAGGUAGACAAGCCAAUAAAGGUGGAAAGCUUUCAUUCCAAGCCUGAACAAGACCCAGCAUGGCUGCUGCCCCAGCAGAAAACCCCUUUUCUCUCUGCAAAAGCUUUGGAUUAUGUCGAGAUUCACAAGGUCAACAAAGAUGGCGCACUAGCAUUACUACCAAAACAGAAAGAGAACAGCGAAAAGACAGAGAAGCCGGGUUCUCCAGGAACUAGUAAGGAGUAUGCUAAGGUGUCCAGGGUGAUGGAUAACAACAUCCUGAUCUUAGUGCAAGACCCUCGAGCUCAAAAUGGGACUUGGUUGGAAGAACCAGGCAAAGAGGCUCCUCCGUCACAUCAACAGAAUCAAGCUGAGAAAAACCUGGCCGGCUUCCCUGUGACACCAAACAACUGCAGACUCCGGAUGGGGGGCUUGGAUUACCUGGAUCCUGCGUGUUUCAUGCAUUCCUUUAACUGA